CGUCGUCAUCGUGACAGACACUGUGCGCAUUCAUCUCGCAUCUUUGGAGACUCCAUGGUGUGCGUCAUUGCGCAGCGGCGCGUCCAGCUCGCGGUGGUUAUUGGAAAAACCGCUGACAGAGCAGAGGCAGUUGUGCGGCUCCACGUACGCGCAGAUCAGCAGGUGCUGUCUUUCACAAAACUGCAUGGAAGUCUCGACUGCAGCCACAGCGAUCCGAGGAAAAGCUCCGAUGCCGCGGACUCUUAUUUACCGGAUGCGCUGAAGUACAUGACAUGCUCGCGGCGAUCGACGAUUCCAGGUAAACUUCACCCGGCGUCUGCACCCCGUCGGCAGCCAUGGCGCUCUCCGUGUCCGGAGGGGCCGUGUUCACCAUCCUCCUCGUCAGCAGGUUGUUAGAGAGCUCGUUGCUCAACGCAGAAGUGAAGGAGGGAGAGAUUCUGCCUCCUACCAUUCAGAGGCUGAUGAAAGGAUACAACAAGUACCUCAGGCCCUUCUUUGACAACGGUCCGGUGACGGUGGGCAUGAGCCUGGACAUCGCCAGCAUUGACACUAUCUCAGAAAUCAACAUGGACUACACCGCCACCAUAUUCCUCCGUCAGCGCUGGACGGAUGAGCGCUUGGUCUUUGAAGGCAACAAGAGCCUGAGUCUGGACGGCCGACUGGUGGAGCUCCUCUGGGUCCCAGACACUUUCAUCGUGGACUCCAAGAAAUCCUUCCUUCAUGACAUCACCGUGGAGAACAGGCUGAUCCGCAUAUUCCCCAACGGGACCGUCCUGUACGCGCUGAGGAUCACCACCACUGUGGCCUGCAACAUGGAUCUGACAAAGUACCCCAUGGACAAGCAGACCUGCACCCUGCAACUGGAGAGCUGGGGCUAUAACAUCAAUGAUGUCAUGUUCUAUUGGACCAGAGGGAACGAGUCUGUCAGUGGUUUAGACUCGCUCCAGCUGGCUCAGUACACGGUGGAGGACCACUACACAUCUGUCUCAGAGGCCAUCUACGAAACCGGCCGUUACCCCAAGCUGGUCUUUCACUUCGAGCUGAAGAGGAGCAUUCUGUACUUCAUCCUGGAGACGUACGUGCCCUCCAGCCUGCUGGUGGUCCUCUCAUGGGUCUCCUUCUGGAUUUCCCUGUCCUCGGUUCCAGCACGUAUUUGUAUAGGUGUGACCACGGUGUUGACCAUGACCACUCUGAUGAUGGGAGCCAGGACGUCGUUACCCAACGCCAACUGCUUCAUCAAGGCCAUCGACGUUUACCUUGGCAUCUGCUUCAGCUUCAUCUUCGGGGCGCUCAUCGAGUACGCCGUGGCCCACUUCUGCACCCUCUCCCACGCCGACUCCCACAUGCUCCUGUACGGCCACCGCAUGCACGACUUCGACGACGAGAUGAACGGCAUCGUCACCACCGUCUCCGGCCACGCCAAGCGGGCCGCGAGGCGCAAGGAGCCCGCCCCGAGCCCGGCGCCGACCCCCGCCGCCACUGAGCACGCCGUGAGCCCGGCCAGCCCCUCGGGCAGCGAGCCCAAGGCCGAGGAGGCGCCGCCAGAGCCCACCCACUGGUGCGUUACUGUUCUGGUCACCCUCCGCAAAAUCCUCCGCUCCUCCAUGAACUGCUGCCACGUGGAGAACCCCCACCACAUAGACAACCACUCCAGAGUCAUCUUCCCCCUGUCUUUCGUUAUGGUCAACCUGCUCUACUGGACUUACUACCUGUACUUUUAGCAUUGGCUUGAGUGCAGCGUGUCUGUGUGUGUGUGUGUGUGUGUGUGUGUGUGUGUGUGUGUGUGUGUGUGUGUGUGUGUGUGUGUGUGUGUGUGUGUGUGGACAGGAGGAUUUUUACUGUAAACAUUAAGUUUGGAGAUGUGUAUGAUUUCUACAUACAGUAUGAAGGUAUUGAUAAGUAAACUAGCAAUUGCAUAUGUUUUCAGCUGUGUUCUAUUUUUUUUUAUUUUAAAUACACAUCUGGACUUAUUCAAACCAGUGAGCCUGCUUGACUGGCAACAUAUGAUGAAUUCUAAUCUUCUAUCUGACCCUCAGAUUAAAAUGAUUCAUCUUAGAAACAAAAGGCCAGCCCGCGUCUUCCCUUCCUGCAGUGCAUUCAUCACGCCACUGACUAUUACUGGCUUUGACAGAAUUCGCUAUUGCUGGGGAAGAGUAAGCGCCUGCUGGGCUGUAAUACGCUGUUGUGAUGGAUUACCUAUCGAUAUGUAACAACACUUUGUCCAUUUAUAUCCGCAGGUGGAAAAUUUAGAUGAAACAUCUUGACGCGUUAAAAAAAAAAAAAAAAUGAGGGAAGUAAGAAUGUGAUAAUCAAGGCCAAUGUUUAAAUCUAUUUCUUCUGUGUGCUCCUUUGAGUUAUUUUUAAUGCACUGAGCUGUACUCUUGCUCUUUGUAUUUUUUUUUUCUGACUAUAAAUGUAGUGGCCUUUUAUCCCUGUUAUACUGAGGCGAACUGUCACCAUGAGCAAGAUUACGGCCUCAUCAGCGCACAGAUCUGUCCAUCUGCUUUCAUGGGGGCAGCGUCCCAACUUACCAUAUUGUCCACAGUAAGAAUUAUAAUUGACCAUGAACAGCAGCAACUAUUCAACAGCUAGCUUCUGUUAGCAACCAGUACAAAAAUGCUAAUGCUAUGCUAAUGCUAUGCUAAUUUUAAACAAACUAACUCGGCUCAACUUACUGUAGUACAGUACAUGUAGUUGUGGUCAAACUCAGGUUUGCAUCAACACUUUUUUUCAUGUGUAAUUGGACGUGAUUGAUCAGAGUAAAUUACAGUAAUAACCUACAUGUAUUAGCUAUAGAUCGAUCUGAAUAUGAAUGAAUAUCACAAGGAUGUCACUGUCUGUACUUGAUCUAAAAGGUAAAUACCUGCACACGCUUCACUUGUGCUAACCUGUUUUUUUAAGAUGCUGUAACAUAAAAGCAUUGUGGGUACUGAGCGUCAGACAGGUGGCUCAGAUUUGCCACAGGCGUUCAGACGAAUCUGUUCGUUUGCUAACGGUGAUUUGAACCAAAGACUCCACUUUGUUCCUUCUUCUGUUUUCUUCCAGUGCAAAUUUUUUUAAAUGUGUUUCAAAAUAUUAAUAUCAUGUUUGGUCCAAAUUCUGAAACCGCAUGCAGUCAGCAGACACGAUUCAGUUACACAACCAAGGUGCAUGUUUAUUAAGUGCUGUAUUCAAUAUUGCUGUAUCAUGCUCUGCCAUUUCAAUGGAAGCCGUCCAUUUUUUCAUGAUGCAACUCUGGUGUUUAAGUUUUUAGACGUGUGUUGAACGGCUAUAAAAACCUAUUCGCUUCACUGAUAUAGACUAUUUAUGCUCAUCAUGAACACUGUGUUUUUAAGAUAAAAUCCUUUUUCAAAUCUGCCAUCAACUUACAUUUUGAUUGUUCUCUGCCUGAUGAUCUUGGGGAAUUAAGAUAUGAUUUACAUCCAUUCCUUUUAUUUUUGCAUGAUGAUCAACGGGGAUCAGUUUCUUCUGCUCUUUCUUUUUACUUAACAUAAUCAUGGAUGUUCAUCUGAAUCUAAUGAAACAAUGUACAUUUUAAAAAUGCUAAUUUCUUUUUGGGCAUCAUACGAGUCUUAAGGUGCAGGAUGUUUAAACCUUCCUAGUUUUGCUUUCUGUUCUUUGAACUUUAUUCUUUAAGGGAUGACUGAUCACAGUCAGCUCUGUGGGCGUCGGUGAGCACUGACCUGUUGCAAAGGUUAAUGUGAUAGGACACAGACUGUCAGGUUUUAUAAAUACAGCCCCUCGGUUGUACUUUUGAUAGUUAUCUCAGUGAACUGCAUCAGAACUAAAUGCCAACACGGAGCCAAAGACUCACCCUGAAAGGUUUCAGUGCGGAUCCAAACAGAACGUUUUGCUGUUCUACGGCUCCGUGGGUGCUGCUGCGCCAUGAGCGCUGCUUUGGACUAAACAGGCAGCAUUAAGCACGGUUCUAAGCAUCUUAAUAGAACAUUACAGGACACGUCUUCAGCACUUUUCUGAAGAAACUUUGCGGAACAGAAAGACCUGAGAAAUGUCGGGUGCUGGAGAAGCCCUUUGUGUUCCUGUUGUUCUUUAAACUAAUGCCUCAAGGCAACGGCGAGGGCCAACCUCACAUUUCCUUGGACGUCUUCAUGUGAAAUGUAUUUAUAUACUGUAGUUCAAUGCUAAUGUGCAUUGGCUUGCUCAUAACCUGGUGUAAAUUUAAUAUUAACACUAUGCAUGUUUAUUUGGUGUAUGAAUAUGAAUGACAGCAAUAAAAGAGGUCUAACGUG